ACCAGCAGCAGCAGCAGCAGUAGCAGAGGCAGCAGCACAGGAGCGGAAGUGGCCACAAAAUGUGAGCGCACGCAAGUCGAGCGUGAGAGCGCGAGCGUGAGCGCAAACGCAGGCAAUGCUGGCCAUGGCCAACAACCACCCAAUGUGACAGCAGCAACAACAGCAACAACAGCAACAGCAGCAGCAGCAGCAGGCAAUGACAGCGACAGCGACAAUGCCAAAGGCUUGGGGAGCAACGGGAGCAGCAGCGACAACAGCGCCUGCUCAAUACCUACAAUUGGCAGUCAGCUUUUCAAAGCCAAACUCACAGCAGCAGCCGCACCACCAACAGCAGCAGCAGCAGCAGCAGUCGUCGCAGCAAGCGCAGCUGAGCAGCAGCAGUCGGCUGUGCAGCACAACGAGUGUGCGACAGCAGCGAGUAAAACCGAAAGUAACGAGUGCAGCACAACAACAACAGCAGCAGCAGCAACAAGCUGCAACGAUUACGAUCUUAUUGAUUUUGAGCACGAUUUGGUCGAUGAUUUUGUGGCCAGCCAGCGGCUAAAACGCUUACAGCAUAAUUUUCAGGGACGCGUUAACAGCAGCAACAACAACAGCAACAUUGAUUGUGUAAAGGCAUCCUUGAGACAGCAACAGCAACAACAACAACUAAAACUAAAUGCCUGCACGUCUACAAUAAGCACAACAAAGAAACUACCCCCUGAAGCAGCAGCAGCAAAUAGCCAUACACCCACUCUCACACCCACAUUCACACCCCCGAGCAGCAGCAGCAGUAGCAGCAGCAGCAGCCACGCUGCAAAGGACAAUAAAAUAGUUGAAAGUUCGGUGUUGGCCGUGGCAAGCUCAAGUGCAAUACAAUUAGAUGUAAAUUGUAUUCAAGACAUUGGAAAUGAACAAAUUGCCAAAGCAAACGACAGCAGCAGCAGCAGACAACAGCAAUUGCUGAAUACGUUGCCAGAGUUGGCAUUGCGCGUGCGCGUUAUUUGUGACAACAAUUGCAGCGAUUCGUCAACGAACGCCGCCAAUUUUGUGGCCACGCUCAGCGAGUUCGAUGUGCAGCGCUUUGGCGAGUAUCUGAGAGCGGCGCGACAGCUACAAUUGCUCGACAUCAAUCACAAUAGCCAGUGUCAGCUGCCAGGCGAGCCGAGCGGCAGUCACGAGCAGGAGCUGGACAGCGAGUGUGAAUACAAUAGCGAUAGCAAUUGCAACGAGUGCCAGUGCGAUGAGUGCCUAGCGGUCGCAGCACAUAACAGUACAGCGAGCAACGAGUACAACGAGCGAACGGCGAGUACACUCGCUACAAGCACAACAGCGACUGGGAUAUCAUUUGGGCCCCGGCCAGACGUGUUCAAGAUGCGUGAGGUGAAUGGCCAGCUGCGCGGUCUGCUCAAGAAACCGAAUCGACCGCCGCCGGCGCGCAAAAAUCGGGUCGUCUUCGACGAGACACGCAACGAGUUCUUCGAGGCCGAUUAUAUCAUAUUGAUACGCGAGGAUUGCGCCUACGAUGAGGAAGACGAGGAGCCAUGCACCUGCGGCGAGCACGAGCUGGUGCGCCUCUGCUGCGAGGAGGGCUGCCAGUGCAACUAUGCGGUUAACGCCGCCGAGCCCGGCGAUGGACGAACGCCACAGAGCCCCAAGUUCCAGCCGCCAAUUGACUUUGUGGACGAUGCCGCGCUCAGUCCACCCGAUGGCUACAAGGAUAACAGCCUAAAGAACACGCUGGGCGGCGCGCUCAGCGGCCACAUCUUCGGCGCGCAGCAUCUACAACAGUUGCAGGUUAUCCAGCGUCUGCAGCAGCAGCGUGCCGCAAUGUUGGCGGCGCGCAACAGCAGCAGCAACAGCAACAGUCAAAUACCGCCGCCGCCACCGCCCGCAGGCGGCGCUCAGCAACAACAACAGCAACAACAACAACAGCAACAACAACAACAACAGCAGCAACAACAACAACAACAGCAACAGCCGCUGCCCGAUGAGGACCUGCAGGGCGUUUGCACCGAGUGCGCCGAGUGCGCUGAAUGCGCCGCCAAGCAGCUACAGGAUGCAGAAUGCGGCGGGUCGCAGUGCAACGAGGAGCUGACGCCGAUCGGGGUGCCAGCUGUGGCAUUGUUGCCGUUGCACACCAGCUCACCGGAGCGUCGCAUCACGCAGAAGGAGAUCAUCGCCGGCGAGGAGCGGCCCAAAUAUGUGCUGCAAUCACAAUACAAGCCCGCAGCGGCAGCUGCAGCAGUCAAAGUUAGAAAGGAUGCGGGCAGUAGCAGCAAACCCGCCGCCGCCAGUGCCAUUUCCGGUUCCGGUACCGUUGCCGCAACCGGCACCGGUACCGGCACCGGCUACGGCAACAGCCUGGUGCCAGCAGCGGGCAGUAGCUCAGCCAAGAAAAAAAGAUUUGUUGUUGAAACCAUUACCACUAUGACCACAGUGACCGAGCGACGCAUUGUACGCGAGGCGCACGAGGAUUCGGCGGCUGCCACUGGCGCUGCCGGUGCUGCGCCCGCAGCGGAAAUGCUGCCACCGGCGCUGCCAGCCAAGGCGAGCGCAACAGCCGCCGCCGCAGCAGCAGCGGCAAGCGCCGCCGCAGCCGCCAAUGGCGCUGGCAAUGAGCCAUACGAUGAGGAGAAACCGCCACCCAUACCGCCCAAGGAGCUGACAACGACCACGCAGAUCAGCGGCAUCCUGAAGGGCGGCAAACUCUGGAAGCAGGACUCCAUUUCCCAGCAAUCGGAUGACCAGAACAACACCACCUCAGAGGACGAGAGCGGCGCCACAAAGCGUUCGGUGCGCUUUGUGACCGAGGAUCAGGCGAAUGCCGGCACCGAUGGCGAUGGCCAGUCGCUCUGCGGCGAGCUGGACGACAGCGAGAACCAGAUCAACGAGCUGAUACCCAUCAAGAAGCACUCGACACUGUUCAACAAUGCGCUGCGUCCCAAUUCGGCGGUGCGUCAGCUGUUCCCCAGCGUUUCGGCACAGCAGGCGCCGGUGCUCACCUCGGAAGCGCUGCGCGCCUUCGAUGAGUCCAAGCGCGCCGGCUGCCUGGUCACCCAUUUGCCCGGCAGUUGCGGCGACUCGGACACCUUGCGGCGCAGCAUGGAGCGCAAUAUACUGCGACGCUCGCUGAUCAAGAAGAAGGCCGUCAAGUCGGACAUUUCGCUGGAGGAGCGCAUCAAGCAGCUGACCUGCGACAUUGAUGAGGAUCUCGUCGAGGAGCUGUCGCGCGGCGUUGCCGAUGCCGAUCACGAUCAGGAUCAGGCCAGCGAGCGCGACUGCUCGGAGCUGGCGCAGCGCGACAGUCCCGCCGGCGAGGAGAAUCCCAAUACCCUGGCGCCCAAGUUCAUGAACGGCGAGAAGAGCUUCUCGCCCAGCAGCUCCGUUUCCAGCUCAUCCAGCGGCUCGUCGGCCUACAAGAAGAUCGCUGACAUCUUCAGUCGCGACAAGAAGCAGGAGAAGAUUAUGGAGCUCGAGGAGAAUCCCAUUGUCAUCAUACCCCAGGAAUGCCGCUGCCCCGCCGCACCGGAUCUGGGCAUGGGGAUUCAGGUGCCGGUUGUGCACACGCAAAUCCAUCGUACGCCGCCGCGUCAAAACGAACCGAAGCGCCAAUUCCUCUCGACCCUGGCGCCGCUGACCGCCUGCGUGGCGGGCAACAAGGACGACCUGUCCUCCUACUACACGCUGGCCGCGGCAGCCGCCGCCCACCAGCACGGACAUGCGGCGCAUGCGCACGCCCAUUAUGCGGCCGCCGCUGCCGCCGCCGACUACAACAUGAGCCAGCUGCUGGGCGCUGCCGCGGGAGCUGGCGAUGCCGUGGCCCAGCAGGCGGCCGCUGCGGCGAUGGUGGCGCAGGGCUUGGCUUUGGGCGGAGGCGCUGGUGCUGGUGGUGGUGCCGGCGCUAGCGGGGAUGAGGCGCGCAAGGUGGCGCCGGAUGUGAUUGCCGGCACGCCCGGGCAGGAGACAACGCAACAGGACGAGCUGGCCGCCUUCGCCCAAGCGGAGGCGAAGCGCACCGAGCAGUUAAAGAAACGCUAUACGGGCGUGGAGACCGCCUCCCAAUGCCAGUCACAGGCGAGCAGCGACGACGACGAACAGAACGAUUAUGGCUUCAAUAAGCGGCCCUCGGUGCGCGGCAUUAAGCCCAAGUUCAGCUCCACCAACGAGAUUCUUGCCCAGAUGCAGGAGCAGCUCACACAGCAGAUACCCACAACGGUGAUCAGCAGCCAGCCCGUGCCGCAGGCCAUCAAGGGCUAUGCCAUGCCCAAUCAGGCCAAGCAGCCAAAUCCCUCGCCGCAGAACGUGCCACAGCAGCAACAGCAACAGCAGCAGCAACAGCAACAGCAGCAACAGCAACAGCAGCAACAGCAGCAGCAGCAGGCGGCGCAGCUGCAGCAGCAAAUGGCGAAUGCUCUGCAGGCCAAUACCAUUGCCCAGCAGAAGACGGAGCAGCGCACCUGGAGCUUUUACAGCGAGAGCGGGGAGCAGCAACGCUUUCCGGUGGACGCCGCCGCCGCCGCCGCCAUACAGCAGACAUAUUACCAGACGCUGCCGGCGGGCGCCAUGUUCCGCCAGACGAUGAUCCAGCAGGGCGCCGCCGAUGAUGCGUCCUCCCUGCUGUAUGCCGCUGCCCAGAACUGUCAGAGCGUGACGGCCACGGCGACCGCAACGGCCAUCGAGCAGAGCAAGCACAGCAGCUAUAGCAGCCACUUUGCACGCAGCCCGACCAGGCGGCCGGAGUCGCCGCCGCCGUUGCGCAACUAUCACCAGACGAUGGUGUUGAUACCAUACAAUGCCGAGACCUACUCCCAGUUCGCCACCAGCAGCAGCGUCGAUCCCAAGCUGGCCCACAUCCAGCGACAGAAUAUACUCGAGUAUCAGCAGGUGACACAGCAAACGAUACGCGUGCCCAUUGGCUAUGCUCUGCCUGGCAUGCAGCUGCAUGUGGUCAGUGGACGUGGCCACGCCGCACACUAUGCACAGCAUCAGCACACGCAACAACAUCAGCAUCAGCAACAACAGCAGCAGCAACAGCAACAGCAGCGUUUAAUGUCGCAACACUAUCAAUACGGGCCGGAGGGCGGCAUGCCGGGCUUUAGCGAACGGGGCGUGCCCGAGGGCGCAGCUGCCGUCUCGCACAGCGAUUGCAGCGCCAUGGUCUCGCCAACGAGCGCCCAGCAGCAACAUCAGCAGCAACAGCAACAGCAGCAACAGCAGCAACAGCAACAGCAGCAGCAGCAACAGCAGCAACAGGUGGGCGCUGCCGCAGCUCAGGGAUCCGUUUACUAUGCGAUGAACGUAUGACCCGGGCUGGAAUAGUCGCUGCCAGCGGCGGUCAUUGUUGAGCGCCGCCAGUGUCAACGCGUCGAGUUGUCAGCGACUUCAGUGCAUUUGGGCGGCGGCGCCGGCGUCGGCGGUACCGGCGGCGUCGGCGGCGGCUGCGGCAGAUGAGCCCCAAAUGGC